AUGGUCAAGGAGACCAAGCUCUACGAUACCUUGGGUAUCAAGCCCGAGACGUCGCAAGACGAGAUUAAAAAAGCAUACAGAAAAGCUGCUUUGAAGUGGCACCCUGACAAGAACAAGGACAACCCCAACGCCUCGGAAAAGUUCAAAGAGUGCUCGCAAGCCUACGAAAUACUGUCCGACCCGGAGAAGCGCAAGAUCUACGACCAGUAUGGCCUCGAGUUCCUGCUGCGGGGUGGUGCCCCUCCACCCGAGGGCGGUCCAGGUCCCAAUGCGUACGCGGGAGCAGGCGGCAUGCCUGGAGGCUUCGGCGGCUUCGAUUUCGGAGGCAUGCCGGGUGGAGGAGGUGGUAAUGCUAGAACGUUCCAUUUCAGUACAGGCGGCACCAAGGGGUACAAUUUCAUGAACCCCGAAGAUCUGUUUGCAGAGUUUCAGCGCAGCGGAGGAAUGCACGGCGGCGGCGCCGGCCACGACGACGAUGAUUUCAACUUCUUUUCUUCCUUUGGCGGUGCGGGCGGUCCGCGGUCAGGUCGGACAAGGACAAGGUCCGGCUUCGCUGAGCCACCGCAGAGGAACCGCGAGCCGACGCCCGAGAUUACCACCGUUGAGCGGCCGUUGGCUCUCACUCUCGAGGAGCUGUACAAUGGAACGACGAAGAAGAUGAAGAUUAAGCGCAAGACAUUCGAUGAAUCAGGCAAGCGCGUGCAAACGGAUCAGAUCUUGGAGGUACCCAUCAAGCCAGGGCUCAAGAAGGGGUCCAAAAUCAAGUUUAAUGGAGUUGGCGACCAGGUGGAAGGCGGUAGACAAGAUUUGCACUUUAUUGUCGAAGAGAAAGAGCAUCCCUUGUUCAAGCGAGAGGACAACGACAUUGUGCACACCGUCACCUUGGACCUCAAGGAGGCUUUGACUGGGUGGAAGCGGGUAGUCGCUACAAUCGACGGCAAGCAGAUCAGCAUAGACAAGGGCGGCCCAACGCAACCCGGAAGCGAAGAUCGGUACCCUGGACUGGGCAUGCCCAUGACAAAGAAGCCCGGGCAACGAGGCGAUUUCAUUGUCCGCUACAGGGUCAACUUUCCAUCGAGCUUGACGCCAGAGCAAAAGGCGCAGCUAAAGGAAAUUCUGUAA